AUGAGAAUUCUCAGCUGGAACUGUCAGGGGUUGGGGAAUACCCCUACAGUUCGACAUCUAAAGGAGAUGCUUGGUCAGCACUCUCCUGAGAUUCUAUUCCUCAGUGAGACCAAAAAUAAAAGGAGGUAUUUAGAAAGUUUAGCGGAAAGUUUGGGCUUCAGCAAUCUGAAAACGGUGGAGCCAAUUGGAAUAGGAGGAGGACUGGCAGUGUUCUGGAAGGAGGCUUGCCGUGUGGAAGUACUGCAAGCACACAGAAGAGUCAUCGACAUGAAGAUACACUGGCAAGACAAGAUUUUCUUCCUCUCUUGUAUCUAUGGUGAGCCAGUAAAAGGGAAGAGAAACGAUGUAUGGGAAAGGCUCACCCGCAUAGGUACCAAUAGGAAAGGGCCUUGGAUAAUGACUGGCGACUUUAAUGAAAUGAUUGAUCCCUCCGAGAAGUUAGGAGGUGCUGCAAGAGACAUUGAUGAAGGGAAAGAGUUUAGACAGAUGCUGCACGCAAACGGGCUCUGGAACAUUAAACAUUUCGGGUAUCAGUUCUCAUGGGCAGUCGACCAGAUCCGUUACAGACGCGCUUGCUUCAAGUAUGAUCAACGCUGGAUACGUCGUGAAGGCUUCUCCAGCACAGUCGUACAGUCGUGGAAAAGACAAGGACCCGGUCAGCUUGGUUUAGUUGGCAAAAUUGCUAACUGCAGAAAAGACAUCUCAACUUGGAAGAGACUAGCAAAGCCGAACUCCGCCCUUAGAAUCCAAGAACUCCACUCCAAGAUAGAUGCAGCAAUGAGAUGCAGUUUCAUUAAUAGAGAGGAGCUCAACAACUUACGAGACUCCCUCAAUGAAGAAUAUCACAACGAGGAAGUUUUCUGGCGAAUAAAAAGUCGUCUCACUUGGCUACGAUCGGGGGACCGAAACAUCAAGUUUUUUCACGCCGUCACAAAGAAUCGCAGAGCACCGAACCGCAUCUAUAGCCUCCUUGAUGAUGAUGAUAAAGAAUGGUUUGCGGAGAAGGAUCUGGGAAGCCUUGCAGACAAACACUUCAACCUUCUAUACGCUUCAGAAGAUGUUGGGCUCGACAUGCAGAACUGGGAGGACAUACCUGCGGUCAUCACCGAGGAGCAGAACUUGCAACUGAUAGCGCCCAUCACUACUGAAGAAGUAAAAGCUGCAGUCUUCGACAUAGACCCUCACAAGUGCCCAGGUCCGGAUGGUAUGAAUGCAUUCUUCUUCCAGCAAUUCUGGGACUCCAUGAGUAAAGACAUUACUGCCAUGGUCGCAAACUUCUUCAGCUCGGGGAAGUUAGAAGAUGGCGUCAACAAAACAAACAUCUGCCUCAUUCCCAAGAAGCUCGACGCGAAGAAGCUGGGGGAUUCUCACAACCCUAGUCGACCAGAUCCGUUACAGACGCGCUUGCUUCAAAGACUAGCAAAGCCGAACUCCGCCCUUAGAAUCCAAGAACUCCACUCCAAGAUAGAUGCAGCAAUGAGAUGCAGUUUCAUUAAUAGAGAGGAGCUCAACAACUUACGAGACUCCCUCAAUGAAGAAUAUCACAACGAGGAAGUUUUCUGGCGAAUAAAAAGUCGUCUCACUUGGCUACGAUCGGGGGACCGAAACAUCAAGUUUUUUCACGCCGUCACAAAGAAUCGCAGAGCACAGAAACGCAUCUAUAGCCUCCUUGAUGAUGAUGAUAAAGAAUGGUUUGCGGAGAAGGAUCUGGGAAGCCUUGCAGACAAACACUUCAACCUUCUAUACGCUUCAGAAGAUGUUGGGCUCGACAUGCAGAACUGGGAGGACAUACCUGCGGUCAUCACCGAGGAGCAGAACUUGCAACUGAUAGCGCCCAUCACUACUGAAGAAGUAAAAGCUGCAGUCUUCGACAUAGACCCUCACAAGUGCCCAGGUCCGGAUGGUAUGAAUGCAUUCUUCUUCCAGCAAUUCUGGGACUCCAUGAGUGAAGACAUUACUGCCAUGGUCGCAAACUUCUUCAGCUCGGGGAAGUUAGAAGAUGGCGUCAACAAAACAAACAUCUGCCUCAUUCCCAAGAAGCUCGACGCGAAGAAGCUGGGGGAGUUUCGACCCAUUAGUCUGUGUAACGUUGCUUACAAAAUUGUCUCUAAGUUGUUAAGCAAACGGUUGAAAAAUGUAUUGCCAUGGAUAAUAACUGAGUCACAAGCAGCUUUUGUUGAAGACAGGCUUAUUUCAGACAAUAUACUGAUAGCCCACGAGCUAUUGCACGCCCUCAACUCAAACAACAGCUGCUCUAGAGACUUCAUAGCCAUCAAAACAGACCUUUCUAAAGCCUUCGACCGGGUCGAAUGGACUUUCCGCAACAAGGCGAUGAAGACACUCGGUUUCUCAGAUGCUUGGUGUGCGAUGAUCAUGGAAUGUGUAACCUCUGUCCAAUACCAGGUACUCAUCAAUGGAGCUCCCUACGGUGACAUCAGACCAACUAGAGGAAUAAGGCAAGGAGACCCGCUGUCCCCUUACCUAUUUGUGAUAUGCACUGAGAUGUUGGUCCAAAAAUUGCAAAGUGCAGAAAGCAGAGGAGAAAUCACUGGACUAAAAGUCGCAAGAAGCGCACCGGCAAUAUCUCACCUUCUCUACGCAGACGACAACAUGUUCUACUGCAAGCAGUCGGAUGAAGAGAUCACUCGCCUCUCUGCGAUCCUUCAAGAGUACAGUAUGGCCUCAGGUGAACGCAUAAACUACCAGAAAUCAAGCUUGUACUUUGGAAAAAACAUUCCGAGUGAUAGAAGAGAAGAGAUAAAACUGAAGCUAGGAAUGGCGCAAGAGGGUGGAGACGGCAUUUACCUAGGACUACCUGAAUUCUGUGGAGGUUCCAAGGUUUCAAUACUCAGCUAUCUCAAAGAAAGAAUGGAACAAAGGAUUGGAGGAUGGCAAAACAAGUUCUUAUCCCCAGGCGGUAAAGAAGUCCUCCUCAAGAACAACAAGGAAUCCAAAGGGAUGCACUGGCGCAGUUGGGAUUAUCUAUGUAGACCCAAGGACAAAGGAGGAAUCGGUUUCAAGGACCUAGAAGCUUUUAACAUUGCGCUUCUAGGGAAGCACCUCUGGCGUAUGAUCACCCCCCCUACAUCCUUGCUAGCCAGAGUAUUCAAGAGCCAUUACUUCAGAGCCACAGACCCCCUCAAUGCCACUUUGGGAUCCAGACCCUCCUUCGCUUGGAGAAGUAUUCAUGCUGCUCAGAAUCUGAUCAAACAAGGAGCAAAAGUGAUCAUUGGAAACGGGAGAAACACCAAUAUAUGGGAUGAGCGAUGGCUGGGAAGCAAACCUGCGUUACCCAUCACAACUACAAACUGGCUAACUGCUUCUCUCCAGCACUCACUCAGCCUAGACAUGCGAGUCAGUGACCUGAUGACAAAUCCUGGAACAGAGUGGAACGAGGAGAUGAUCUUGAGGCUAUUUCCACAAGAUAUCGCAACAAAGAUCAUUUCAACAAAUCCACAUGGAGCAACAGCUGCAGAUGCUUACAGUUGGGAAUUCACAAAGACCGGUCACUACACAGUCAAGUCAGGCUAUUGGGUGCAGCUAAACAUCAUUGAGACAAACGAGCAAAAACAAAAGAUGGAUCAACCGAGCCUCGACGCUUUAAGCGAGAGAAUCUGGAAACAAAAUACAGGCUCCAAGAUCCACCAUUUUCUUUGGAAAUGUGUUAACAAUGCCCUCCCCGCAGCAGCAAACAUGAAGCACAUACACAUCACAAAGGAUGGGCGUUGUAUGCGCUGCUCAAUGGAAAAUGAAACAAUAAAUCACAUCUUGUUUGAAUGUCCCUACGCUCGCCUUGUCUGGGCACUAUCUCCAGGCAAAGACUAUGCAGCUCAAGACGCAGUCAACAAAGCCCUCGAGGACAUGAAAGAAUGGUUGGAGAGAUCAGAGGAAGAAAAAAAGGAGGGAGUUGGGUGGGUGAGUAGAGACUACACAGGUCGGAUGCUGUGGGCAGGAGCUCGAAGGUUUCAGGGAGUGGGCUCACCAAUAGAAACUGAGGCAAUAGCGCUACAAUGGGCAAUCCAGUCGAUGAUUCGCUUCGGUUACAAGCAUGUCCAGUUCGAAACAGAUUCUCUGGUGCUGGCCAAGAUGAUUAAUGGUAAGGAGGAGACAUGGCCAAAACUGAAGCCAAUCAUACAGGAGAUCACCCACUCCCUCUCAACAAACCGGAGCUACAGGGUCGAGUACUUUUCUCGUGAUGCCAAAAAAAAAAAUAAUAAUAAUAAUCUCCCAAAUCUCUGCGCCAAAAUAUUUCUAUACUUUCCUUUUAACUCUUAUUCUCCGUGGAAACACUCUCAUUGCCGACAAAAACCAACCCAAUAUCACUUCUCAUUCACGACAAAUUACCACAGCUUCUCUCAAUGGGUUCAUAUUCUCAAGUCAAUCUGGGUUCAUUUCUUCUAUCAAAAUUUAAGUCUCUGUGUUUUCAUAUCUCCACCAAGAAGAGGCAGUUUCCCUACAAGAGCUACUAUUGGACAAGGCGCAACAAAUUUCGUGAAGAAGACACCUCAGGCAGAUCAUGUAGAUGCGCGAGGAGCCAGCUAUACUGACUUAAAGGGGCAGAUCCACAUGAAUACUGUUGAAGAAGUUGAGUCUAUUGUUGUUUUACAACACUUCUCCAACACUGAUGGUGAUGAGAAUAAAGUAGUCAAGCCACACAAAAGAUGUUUGUUUGGACUUGGAACAACACAAAUGGAGAACAAUUAUCACAUUGAUCCACCAGGGCGUCGUUCUUACUCGUCAAUCUCGUUUAGAGAAGGAGUUGAUUAGUUUGACUGAAACUGUCUACUUGAUGAGCUAGCAGCUCACUGCCUUGUGUGAAGCUAGAGGGGUGGCAAGCACUGAUGCAACUACAACCCUUCUCCAUCCUCACCUCCUAGCACCAAUGAGCAGAGAAUCUAGAUGAUGUUGAUGACUUUCUACAAUCAAAUGAAGACAUAACAAUUAUAAUCUUUUGUGUUUAGUUUGAAUUUUUAUUAUGUCAUUGGUUUCCACCUAUUGGGUUUAAUAUUUUGUUUUCUACUAGUAACGAAUGCACUGUUUCUAUUAUGUUUUGGGAAUUUCAGAUUUCUUUUUA